AUGACUUCAUUGAAUUGUACAAGUGCUACUUGUUUUGAUGAAACAGUGAAAACAAGUUGUGUCACUGUUCGAACUUAUCUUGGUAGACUUAUUCUUCGUACUCAUCAUGAAGAUGAUACUGCCAGUCUUGCAUCGAUUUACUCGGAUCCAUUCUCAAGAAAACAUCUGCCUUUUCUUCAACCACCCAAUGGAUGGGGAGAUGAUGAAAAACGAAAUGAAAAUAAACAAUGGACUGAACAGGAUUUUGCUGAUCGAGUUAAAGUACAAAGUGAAAACCGAGCAAAUGGAAAAAGUUGUGUUUUCAAUAUUAUUUUAUUAUCAUCAGCAUCGAAUGAGAAAAAUGAUCGAUGUAUUGGAACAACAGGCUUUGUUACAAUUGAUGGUGAUAAUGGAUACUUAGGAAUAAUUACAGAUAAAAAUACAACUCGAAUGGGAUAUGCAACAGAGGCUCUUUAUACUUCAAUUGUUUUUGCAUUUGAAAAACUUGCUGUCAACAAUAUUAUUAUGCAAACAGAUGAAAAAAAUCAAGAAAUGAGAGGAUGGUGUGAGAAUACGGCGGGAUUAAAAUUACAUUCUAAGAAACCUAUGGAAAUCAAUGGUCAUACAUUUACAGAAUGUCAAUACAAAUUCAAUGUCGAUGAAUGGAACAAUUCAAUUAAGAAUAAAUUAGAAACUAAGAUGAAUUAUAUUAAAAUAAAUAAAAUGCUUUCGUGA